AGAACAGUUAAAAAUGAACUGAGUGUAUUGCGCUUCAAAUAAAUUGGGUCGAAGGUCUGUGCUAGGGUUCAAGGGUAAACCCAACAGAGCGUUAAAAACAGAAUGAGAUAUUCUUCUGAGUAAGAAUGAGAGCACUGCUGGGUGUUGGACUCCAGGUCCUUAUUGUUGGAUCUUGGGCACAGAGCUGGGGGUCAGCUGGGUACUGGAACCAGGAGUACACAGCACAGGAUCCAGGGCAGAGAAGAGAAGAAACAAGUAGAAGUAAUAAUUGGAGGAAUAAACACUCCAGGGAGAUACAACAAUAUCAUACAUUUCAGGAGGGGCGAGGGUUGUCUAGUGAAGAUGACAAUGAUGAAUGGGUUGAAGGUGGUGAACGAUAUGAAGACAUUGAUCUGAUGAUUAAUAAUAUUAAUUUCAAACAUCACAGCUACCACACGGAUCAAUCAAUAGAACCAGCACAGGAGUUUAAACAGGAUGAUCUUCUACCCGAGUAUAGAGUGAGACAAAGUAGAGAAGGUAUAGUCCUAGAACUAGGCAGGAGUGGAGAAACUCAAGUUGUACCCAACCAAUGCUGGUAUGAAGGAAGCAGAUAUGAAUGUGGACUCAGCCUCUCUUGUGUGUUUUCAGGAGCUAAAGCUCUGGAUCUCUGCAAUGGUGGUAUGAUCUGGUCUUGUUGUGUACCUAGAGACAAAAUAUUAGAACAGGCUGAAAUCAACGAGAAACACGGGAUAAAGAAUGCAACAUAUGGAGGAGCUCCAGCAGUUUCCUUUGAUGAUGUGUUUAACUUUGAGCCUGAAGGAUUCUACGCUCCAACCAGACCACCCAGGCCAUACAAGCCGAACAGGCAGGAGUUCUAUAGACCACCCCAUCCUGCUCAUCUAGGACUAUCUCGACCUUUCUCCUCCCGUCCUUCCAACCCCGGCUCUCCAUCCCACUAUCCACUCCGUCCUACCCGUUCUCCGUUCUCUCCAGAGGUAACUUCUCCGCCCUUCACCUCCCUUCUGGAUACACAGGAGCAUCAGGACUUCUUCCCUGGAUAUAGACCUGACACGCUGCAGUACGAGAGACCUGAACGACCGGUUUAUGACGAGGCGAGCUACGCCGGGCACCCGGCCAAUAAUGAAGUUGAGCAGGCCAAUUCGUAUAAUAACCCGAAAUGUGGUGAGGUGUAUGCUGGUAGUUUCAGGAUAGUAGGAGGAGAUGAUACACAGUUCGGAGGACAUCCUUGGAUGGCUGCAAUUAUAAAAGAGUCUCUGCUCUCUAAACGAAUAAGCUGUGGUGGAGCCUUGAUAAGCGAACGAUGGGUCAUCACGGCAGCCCACUGUGUAUAUAGUACACAAACAUCAAGAAUGAAAGUGAGACUUGGUGAAUGGAAUGUUAGAUCACAGAGUGAAAGGUUGCCUCAUGAAGAUUUUGAAAUAGAAGAGAAGUUUGUUCAUCCAGAAUACAGUCCAGCAGACUUUAGGAAUGAUAUAGCACUGGUGAGGCUGACCCAAGAUGUCGUCUUCAAAGAGCACAUAAUCCCAGUUUGCCUACCAGGAUUCAGACAGCAGUUUGUUGGUGAGUUUGCUUCUGUGAUUGGUUGGGGUAGAACGGAACAUGGUGUCUCUCAAACUCCUUCACUCCUUCAGGAAGUAAAGGUACAGGUCAUUUCAGCAGAGAAAUGUCAGUCGUGGUUUAGCUCUGCUAGCAGAAAAGAGAAGAUAUAUCCUGAAAACUUCUUAUGUGCUGGAUAUGAAGGGGGAGGAAAGGACAGUUGUCAGGGUGACAGUGGUAGUCCUCUAGUGCUUCCAAUCAAUGGUAGAUAUCAGGUCAUUGGGCUGGUCAGCUGGGGAAUAGGCUGUGCCAGAGCUCACUUACCUGGAGUAUACACAAAUAUUGCCAUGUAUAUAGACUGGGUGGCGGAGACCUUGUAUUAAUUAAAGAAACUUGACCUCAGAACACUUUUUACAAACCUUUUACAAGUAAACAAUGUAAUAAAAAUAAGAACGACAUUAAAAGCGAAUUGUUAAAAAUUAACAGAUUUUAUGGAAUGACGUUAGAAAGUUUGUGGAAAAUAAUUUUGUAAAGUUUGUAAAUAAUUUUUAAUAUUUCCGUCAAAAAAUUUGCAUCCAGUCGAAAUGUUUUAUAAAAAUUAAAAGCUUAAUUGCCAAAAUAGUUUAAAGAAAAUGUCUUUCAUCAAUAUAUAAUAUUAUUAGAUGGUAAAUUUUGGCAAAUAUUUAGCAUAACAUUUUCAUUAUUCAUGACAAAAUUUAAAAUAUGUCCGGCUUUCAAUCUAAAAUAUAUUCUGUUAUUCAUUUGUUAUAUGAUAUGUAUUCUGUUAUCUUUUAUUGUUAUUUUAUCAAAUAGUUAAAACCAAUAAAGUAUUACUAAAUACCCGAAA